UUCAUGUUCAUGUCCCCCUUCAUAUCCAUGUCCCCCUUCAUGUCCUACGAAACUCCCUUCAUGUUCAUGUCCUACGAAACCCACUUCAUGUUCAUGUCAUAUGAACCCUCCUUUACGCUUUACAACCCAACCUUCGAGACCUGCUGAAGAAUUCGACAUGGAUGCCCCCUGUUUAUCGUACGAAAGCUUCACAAAUGGAUCUGUAUCGGCCAAGCAGUUCUCGCUUAAUAUCCACAAGAUAAACAACAUAAACUUCAAUUACGGAGGUCGUUCCUCCGACGAUGUGCAACAUGAUGUUCCCGACGAUGUGCAAGAUGAUGCCCCUGACGAUGUGGAGCGAAAUGAUCCUACGCCAAGCAGGUAUACGUAUGAGUAUACCGAUCUCCCUUCACCUGAGUUAAAUAAGGAAUGGGUCAAAGUUCCUUUUAAGACUGGUGAUGAGUGGAUAAAACGUGGUUGGGAGGACCAUCCGAUUAGACUUAUUAGGAGGCCAGGGUACACGAAGCCGGGGCCGGCAGGACCAGCAGGGCCAUCGACACCCGCUGUUAAGGUUGAAGAUCCAUUGCCCACGCCUCCGAAAGAUGAGGAUGAGCUGUCAAUAUUCAACAUGGGUGGCGUGAUCGGGCCCAUAUAUCCUAAUAUGCAACCAGAGCCACCCGUUCGCCCAAAUCCCCCUCCGAGGACUAAUAGCAUUCCGACCUGGGCUGCGGGUACCCGCGACCCCAGAUUUCCAUGUCUAUGGCCCCUCCCUAAUCAGCCCCCACAGUUUGGAAACCCGUUCGAGCCUCCGAGUCCCUCAAAGUAAGUUGCAUUCUAGACGAUUGCUGGCCCGGUACGGGAUACC